AUGAGUAAAAGUCGCGGAGGAAAAAGACGCGGUUUCAGAAAUAGCGCUGCCGGUUUCGGCGUAAAAAAUUUCACGAGCGAAAUACAAGCGAUUCUACAACAAACUCUUUCUAACGACCAUUCCAAGGGUAUAGAAUUGCAAGACCCUGAAGAGCCCACUGAAGAUGAACAACAUAUGAAUAAUGCGCUAUGCGCAUAUAAAGCUUCUCUCAAGGAUUCACCAUUUUAUAUAUCAACACCAGUACCUCCGAUUGAAAUACAACGUUAUUCCGAUCAAUUUAAAAAAAAGAAGGUACAGCAUCUGUUACGCGACGUUGAAACAGACUUGGCAUUCUUUCCAUACGAGCUUCAUUGUGUCAAAGAUGAGUCAAUAAUCGCCACGUUUCCAACACCCGGCAAUUCACGGAAGGUUCAAAUUGAUUUGGACGAAGCAUUCGGUAACCUCAUAUCUCAAGAGGACAAAGAAAAAACAAAUAAACCUGAAGCGGGGGAUGAAAAUGAGUUUGACAAAUAUGUGGACAUGGAUCAAUUUCUUCAAGAAGAGGACGAAUACGCUGAUGCAACCGACUACGUUGAAAAUUACUUCGAUAAUGGUGAAGGUGAUGACUUGGAUGAUGACGGUGGUGGAGGUGGGGAAGCCUAUUUUGAUUGA